AUGAAAUUCCCAUCCUUUACUCUCGUCAAUGGCACUGCCAACUUCACCUUCUUCCAAUACGUGGCGGUUCGGAACCCAAACCGCUACUCCUUCUCUCACUACGACAGCUCCCUGCAGCUUUUCUCCUCCUCUGCAGGACCCCUUGGAUUCAUGUACAUCCCUGCAGGAAGUAUAGCUGCUGGCAGAACUCAGUUCAUGUCUGCUACAUUUGAUGUCAAGUCAUUCCAGCUCCCGGCCAAUGUCGGAAACGCAGGAGCCGGGCCUGUUCCUGGUUCUGGGCCGAUAAUGGAGCUGGAGACGAGGAUGAAGUUGGUGGGCAGUGUCAAAGUGUUGAAGGUGUUUGCACAUCAUGUGGAAAAAGGAGCUAAGUGUAGGGUUUCUAUUCAGGUUUCAGAUGGGUCUGUUCUUGGCUAUAAUUGCUGA